AUGGCAACCAAGACUCUGGAAGCUCGAUUUGAGCAUCUCUCUGUGAAUGAUGAGAAUGAGCCUAUGCAGAAAGGCUCGGCCAUGCUCAAGCCGAAGCAAGGAUCUCUGACUACAGCAAUGUCAAUGACAGCACUCGGUUCAUCACACCUUACGUCCAACCAAAACAGAGCGAAUCUCCUCAAGUAUGCCUUACAGACCAGCAAAGACACAAGUACCAAUCCCAGCACCCUUACGACCACUCAAACAACAUCAAUCUCCACUCUGCCUCCCUCUCCAAGUCGAAAGCCGGCUAUCAAUCGCUCGUCAGACGAAACGGCGAUGCAACGGCAUUCCAAUUCCUCUACCUCCGCAACAAUAUACGACCAACCCACCCCUCCCCGAGCCUUCCACCUCGGCAUGUUCGAGAUCGGCAAACCGCUGGGCAAAGGCAAAUUCGGUCGCGUCUACCUCGCCAAAGAGCGCUCUACAAACUUCAUCUGCGCCCUCAAAGUCCUCCACAAAUCCGAGCUCCAGCAAGGAAAAGUCGAGAAACAAGUGCGCCGCGAGAUCGAGAUCCAAUCUAACCUACGCCACCCCAACAUCCUCCGUCUCUACGGCCACUUCCACGACAGCAAGCGCGUGUUCCUGAUCCUCGAAUUCGCCGGCAAAGGCGAGCUGUACAAGCUGCUGCGCAAGGAGAACAAAUUCGCCGAGUGGAAAGCGGCGCACUACAUCGCGCAGAUGGCGGCGGCGCUCAAGUACCUGCACAAGAAACACGUCAUGCACCGCGACAUCAAGCCGGAGAACAUCCUGGUCGGCAUCCACGGCGAGAUCAAGAUCUCCGACUUCGGCUGGAGCGUGCACGCGCCCAACAACCGGCGCAAGACCAUGUGCGGCACCCUCGACUACCUGCCGCCGGAGAUGAUCAAGCCCGGCUCGGCCGACAACUUCUACAACGAGAAGGUCGACCUCUGGAGCCUGGGCGUGCUGACGUAUGAGUUCCUGGUCGGCGAGGCGCCGUUCGAGGACACGCCCGUCAUGACGCAGAGGCGCAUCGCCCGCGGCGAGAUGACGGUCCCGAGCUUCGUGAGUGCCGAGGCCAAGGAUCUCAUUCAGCGGUUGUUGGUGCUGGAUCCGGAGAAGAGGAUCCCGCUCGACGAGGUGCAGCGCCAUCCGUGGAUCGUCAAGCAUUGUGUGCAGAAGGGUGGGGAGAGGGGGUCGGGCAAGGGGACGUCUUCGUGA